AUGGCCCACCCUCUCACCCAGCAACCCCCCAACAUGAUCGGCUUCGGCGCCCCGGCGACCAUGUCGCCGCUGGGCUUUGGUUUCGGCCAGCCUUACCACUCGCCAGGUUUUGGCGGUGGUGUGCGUCCCAGUGGCGUCUCGGGCUUUGGUUUUGGUGCGCUCGCCUCCCCAUCGACCGCUGGGCCAUCAAUGACCCCUCUCAAGCGGAUCCCGCCGCCGCGCUCGUCACCCGCCCCAACAACACCCAUGCAGCAUGCCUCCGCCAAACGGUCCCGUCGUGCAUCGGCAUCGCCAUCCACGUCGCCCUCACCGCUCGGGUCGCCGUCUCUCUCCAAGCGGAGGGACGUGGAUGACGAUAUCGACGACCACCGCCGCAAGAUUGCGGGAAAGGCCAGCAAGCGUCUGCGCAAGGAAGACGAGGGCGCCGUGGCAACGACGGACGGACCUGAUCUGGGCCUCCUGCUGGCUUCGUUCCCUGCUACGUCACACCUGCCGAUCCUUCUCGAGCUUCUCAACGAGAACCCGUCACUCGCCCCGCGUGUCCUCGGCCGCAUCCCACAGCCACCACUUCAAAACUGUCUCGAGACGCUGGAACGUAUCGUGAGCAAGAUUGGCAAGGCUACUGGAUCGUGGGAGCCCCAAGACGGCUAUGUCGCCACACGACGCUGGAACCGCGCCGAGGACCAGGUCGGCCAAUUCACAAAGACGGCGUCGACGUAUCUCAAGUUUUUCACCACACCCCCCGAAGCAGGGUCGUCUGUUGAGCCCAACACGAUCUACCACCUUCUUCACGACCUCACUGCGCACAUUCUCCAGAUCCUCGCACUCGUUCCUGAGGGACCGCCCCCUGCGGCCCGCCCAUUCCUUGAAGUGGCGCGCUCGGUGCUCGACAGUUGGGGUCAGUGGAUCGGGGGUCUUUCCAACGAAGUCAACAACCGUGGCGGCAUGUACCCGGCCAGUAUGGUUAGCUCAUGGGCCGAUGGUCUGGAAACGCUCGCGCGUGAGCCCGCCCAGCCUGAACAACAAGUUGCCCCCAUGGCAACUCUCUCGUCAUGGGCGACUCCCAUUUCCCUUCCACCCACCCCCACGGCGCGCAACCCCCUCGUCCAAGGGUUCCGCGAUGCCCUCCAGCCUCACCGCCAGCGCUUUGUCAACGAACUAGGUUGGCUCGUUGUCAGGCAGUAA